GUAUUUCCUUUAUUUCCAGGUGCAAUCAUGUCCUUCCUCCAUCGUGUCCUCCGUCGUUCACCGAACAUCUUCCCUUUCGAUUUUCUAUCGUGUCCUCCGUCGUUCACCUUCAAUUGAUGCUCCGAUUGCCUUGUAUUCGGCUUCCUUGAGAAAGUAAUUUGAACUACUUUGAGGACUUCAAAUCUUUCAUCGAAUUCCAUGGAAGAGGAGUAACCCGUCGAAAUUAUGUUGAAACAUUGAUGCUUCAUACAACCAUAUGUGCCUCUGUGUGUGCAGAGAUGUUAUUUGCGCACUAUAGCUAUUGUUCUGAUUUCUACAGUGUAAUCUGGAACCUAUACUUUCAACAAUGCAAAUAUUGCCAAAUGAUAGUCGAGUAGAGGAUGGUUCUGAAACAGAGCCUAUCUUAACUCAUUCCAAUGUUGUAGAGGAAUCAUCACAUGCAAUUGAAAUUACAGUGAGUGAGGAUAGUUCUGCUAGUUCUGAUGAUUCAUCGAGUAUUGAGGUUGAUGGAAGUCGAUUGCUAUUUAAUGCAGAGCAACCACAAUGUCGUAUAUGCCUUGAUACUGAAGGAGAAGAUUUGAUUGCACCGUGUCAUUGUAAGGGAACCCAAAAAUAUGUCCACAGGGCAUGUCUUGAUAAUUGGAGAUCUACAAAGGAAGGCUUUGCUUUUGCUCACUGUACGGAAUGCAAGGCAAAGUUUAUAUUGCGGGCAAAUGUACCACCUGAUCGAUGGUGGUUGAGGUUGAAAUUUCAGUUUCUCAUUGCAAGAGACCACACUUUAAUUUUUCUUGUUGUCCAGCUGAUCGUAGCAAUUUUAGGAGUCCUUGUGUACAAAUUUUAUGGAGAGGAGCUGCGGGAAAUGUUUGGUUAUGAAGAACAUCCAUAUGGAUUUUAUACAAUGGCAGUUUUGGCAAUUGUAUUGGUAGGAUUGCUUUAUGGCUUCUUCAUAGCGAUAAUUUGUGGACAGAAAAUCAGCGAGCGUCACUACUACGUUCUUGCCAAACCUGAACUCACUAAGGAGUAUGUUGUAGAAGACCGGGAAGCAUUAAGCAAGAAUGUUCCAGAGCUUGACCCUAGCCAUGUGUCAGAGCUAAGAAUGCUGGGCCUUUAUUAAGAAUUGGCCUUCUCAUGACAUGACUACGGAGGCAAGUACUACCCCUGAUAGAACUUACAAACUAUAGAGUAGGUUUGUGCUCCAAUUCACUGUUGGCUUCUCAUACGUAAAUUCUAAAUGCAUAUUUUAUGUUGUUCUUGCUCUAUACAGAAGCUCUUCUCCUCCAAAUAGGAGACACUGAACCUGUGUCUCUAAAUUUAAGGUUUUAAUGCUUCUAUUUUUUUGUGUUGUAGUGUGAAAAAUUAAUCUGUAUAACUGCAUUGUUGAGUGUCAUAGCUCAUACGCAGAAUAGCAUACCUCCUUCCUCCACCAUAUAUAUCUUUCCUCCAUUGUAGUUUCUCUUACAUUUUCUUAUUACAAUUAAUUUUAUUCUUUCCUCCAUCAUCGCCGUUCUCUUUUCCGCACCGCAUGUGAUUUUCGAUGUCACCCUACAAGACAUAGAUUGGGAGAUUUGGAGUAGCACUAUCUUCACCGAAUCUGAAAAAAACGGCACCAUCUUCGUCAUAUCGGAAGGAUUGUGCUUCGCUACGUCGGAUCUGAACAAAAUAAACAUUAUAGACGGGACGGAUUCCCCCACGACCGCUACUGUAGCCUCUUGGGGUUAUCGAUAAGGCUUUAGAUCUUCAAUUUUAGAUUUUUAAUUUUGGGAUCUUGGAUUAUAGAUUUUGAGAUGUUUAAUUUUAGAUUUUAGAUUUCGAGAGCUUUUCUCUACAGUGAAUGGAUUUUGGAUCUUGGAUUUUUUCUUUGAGGAUUUUUUAAACUGGUGUAAAUAUUGAGAUUUGAGAUCUUGGUGUUUGUUGAAUGUUUGAUUUAGAAUAGAUCUAGGACUUGUGU